AUGGACCUGAUGAAUAGUAUAUUCAAGUUAUAUCUAGACUUAUUUGUGAUUGUAUUUAUUGAUGAUAUUUUGGUUUAUUCACGUUCAAAAAAUGAGCAUGCAGAUCAACUGCGAGCAGUCCUUCAGUUUCUUCGAGAUCGAGAACUUUAUGCAAAGUUUUCUAAGUGUAAGUUUUGGUUGGACUCUGUAUCUUUCUUAGGUCAGAUUGUAUCAGAUGCAGGUAUUACGGGCGAUACACAAAAGAUUGAGGCUGUAAAGAUUUGGCCCAAACCCAUGACUCCGACUGGAGUUCGUAGUUUCUUAGGGUUAUCUGGGUACUACAAAAGGUUUGUAGAGGGGUUUUCUUUACUUUCAGCACCAUUGACGAAGCUGACUAAAAAAGAAGCUAAGUUCCAGUGGACUGAGGCUUGCGAGAAUAGUUUCCAGGAACAGAAGAACAAGUUGACAUCAACACCAGUUCUAGCAUUGCCAGAGGGUUCAGAGGGCUAUGUGGUGUACUUUGAUGCUUUUGGUGUUGGGUUGGGAUGUGUUGAGAAGCGUGAGAUAGCACGAGAGCUUCAUCAGUUAACUAGCUUGGGAGUUAGAUUGUUAGAGGCAGACGAUAGUGGGGUCACAAUUCAGGACACAACCGUAUCAUCUCUAGUUGUAGAGGUAAAAGCACGGCAACAGAAGGAUCCUAGCUAA